AUGCCGAAAACAGAGCUACAGUCGUUGCCUAUCUUGUUACCGACAAAAGUACUCCCACAAGAACACUCAAUACCGCACAUUGAAUGGACUCCGAAGAAAUAUCUGGAUCCACCUCAGCCUCCGCCUGUAGAUGAUGCUAGGGCGCAAGAGCAGGAACUCGCUCAUGCGAGGCAGUUCAUGGACGGAAAGCUUGUUAAAAAAACGAGGCCGAGGCGGACUGUGGACUUUAAUGGUGGGAUGGGUAGAUGGGCUAUGCUACGGAAACUGCGUCCAAAUCCACUAUAUACCCAUCAGAUGAGACCUUGUCCUCCUUCAAUCAUUAAUCUUUUACCCCCAAAAGCAUAUCCAGAAAAUGCUUCAACCUCCUUGUGUACGAAAUUUGUUCAUACUUCGACGAACAAAAUACGGUGUCCAGUGAAUGUCGUCACAUGGACCCCAGAAGGCCGAAGAAUCCUCACUGGCUCAACUUCUGGCGAAUUCACACUGUGGAAUGGGCUAACGUUUAACUUUGAGACGAUUCUCCAAGCGCACGAUACAGCUAUUUGUACGCUUGCAUUUACUCAUUCAGGCGCGUAUCUCGCGUCUGCGGACAAGACAGGCGUCAUCAAGUACUUCGAGCCCAACAUGAACAACCUUACUGCCUGGCAGGGCUCCAAUUCGCGAGAAGCUAUCAGAGGGAUUAGUUUCAGUCCAGAUGACCGAAGAUUUGCGACUGCAAGUGAUGAUUCGAGUGUUAGAAUUUGGUCAUUCCAGGAGAGCAGGGUAGAAAGUGUAUUGACAGGUCACGGAUGGGACGUAAAAUGUGUACAAUGGCAUCCAAGUAAAGGCCUUCUUGUCUCAGGAAGUAAAGACAAUCAAAUCAAAUUUUGGGAUCCUCGAACGGGCACCGUUCUGAGCACUCUUCACCAACAUAAAAACACCAUCCAAGCAUUGGCAUGGUCUCCUAACGGUAACCUUGUAGCCAGCGCUUCUCGUGACCAAACAGUUCGUGUAUUCGACAUCCGGGCGAUGAAAGAGUACCGGGUACUCAAGGGUCACAAAAAAGAGGUGUGCUCUGUUGCGUGGCAUCCAGUACAUCCAAUCCUCGUAUCUGGUGGUUCAGAAGGUUCUAUCAUUCAUUGGGACCUCUCCUCCGAAGAAUCCUCUUCCUCGACACCAUUUAUCCCACCUCCUACUGCAAAAUCCAAGCUCUCCGACCUCCCUGCUCAUCUGACACUUCCACCGACACCUACAGCAUUACCUCGCGCCACCCUUGCUGAAGCGCAUGAUUCCAACGUCUGGUCUCUCGCUUUUCACCCUCUGGGGCAUCUGCUCGUCUCCGCCUCCAACGACCACACAACCAGGUUCUGGUCCAGAGAACGUCCUGGAGAUAGUGAUGCAGUGUUUAGCGCUUUCGGAGAGAAACCUCCCGCUGCUGUAGAUGGCGCAGAUGGAGGUUGGGAGGAUGAAGAUAUGGCAGUGCCUGGGUUUGGUGGGGCCGGAACAGCAGGCGGUUGGGACGACGGGUACGAAGGGGGAAUCAACGACAAUGGUGGAACAGGCGCAUCGUAUAGCAAUGGCAAUUUGUCUAACCAAAAUGGGUAUGACAGUGGCGACAGAGGUUUCGCUGGUGGCUAUAGUGGAUCCGGUGGAGAUGAUGACUACAGUAUCCCAGGAAUUGGGGAUUCUGGCUUCGGUUCUGCAAGUGGCACAAAUUCCAUUCGUGUGAAUGGCCCUUUACCACCUCAAGAAGAGGCAAUAUAUGGAUCGGGUACGGGCGCAGGUCCAGGCUCAGAUGAAUGGUACAGUGGAGGCGGGGAAAGGGAGAGAAGUGGCGGUGGGGACAGAGGGUAUGAUACCUGGAGUCGAGGUGGUGGAGCCCGGGACGGUGGAGGAGGAGGAAGUAGACAAAGAUGGGGUGGAAGACGGACAAGAUAUUGA